GCGGAUCUGAGCUGCUAGUGCAAGGUAAAUGCUUUGUAGCGCCGAGUAUCCGACUGCUGCUUCCAAAUGCGUGCGUGGAGCUGCUCAACGUCCUUUAAAGAAAAAAAAGCGAGAGAUGACUGUGCCCGAGGCGGAUUGCACACAGUGAGGUGCGUCUCACCACCAACACCAACAACACGCCGACAACGACAACUGGGCUCCGUCAGGAACGUUGUGGCUGCAUUGAUUUAAUUUUAAAGUCUUAUGAGGAGUAUCUUCUCUGAACUGAAUAUGAAGCAAAUAUUUAUCGAUGAAAUUGGAGUAUAAAUUGAAAUGGAACUUGCUAGGCACCAGCUUUUCACCAAUCACAGAGGCAACUGCACAUUAAUGGCUAUCGUUAAUCCAAAAUUCCACGAUCAGGCAAGGAAAUUUGACUAACACUUCCUUCGUCCUCAAGAACCCGUCAUCAUGCAGUCUAGGAUUCCUGGCCCCACUGCAAGGGCGACUCCAGCAAUCGGCAGCAGUUCUAAGGCUCUCACAACUAUGAACAGACAAGGUCAAACUGUUAGCUGUAUGAAUAAGCACAACGCAUUGCCCAGCAAGUCCAGCAGCCAGAAAGAUUUAUCGGACAAUACAACUCAACUGCCAGCCAUGAAUGGAAAUGUGCAAUUAAAUUCGACAAUGCACCAGUGCUCUUCAGACACUUCUCAACAACGAAACCUACAACCGAACAGAAAGCAAACCUCAGAGAUAUCCUCCAAACAAACAGCGAGGCAGUUUAAUCCUUCAAGUUCUCCCUCAAUAAAUGAUCUGGAGAAGGUGUCAACCCCGGGAAAUGAAAGAAGUUCAUUUAAUGCAAAUAAAUCAGCAGAGGAACAUAAAUACCACAGUAAAACUUCCCGACAUAGUGCAGAGGGCAGAGCUGAAGUAUUUUUGAACAACAAGGGGCUGGACGGUUCAGUGGAUGUUGGGAACUCCGAAUUGUGCAAAACUGAACCAGAUAGCGGAGAAUUUACAUACAACAGUCCAAGGAUACCAAGGAAGGGAAUUGGUCAGUCUUUGAAUAAAACUCAGAACGUGCCGAAAUUCGCAUCAAAAAUUCCGGACAGAGGUCCAAAGGAAGAGAAGAAUGAUACAAGCGGGAUCAACACUAGGGGGAAAGUAGCUUCUACAAAAGCCUCUCGAAUUGCUGGCUUGAACCAUACGAGGAGCAGAGCUCUGAACGAUGUGCAAAAGGGCAUUGCAACACUCCCGCCCAGGGGAAAGUGUAAAUCCAGACUCAGUAUUUCAAAUGAUAAUCUAUUGCAGCUGUCCAGAUGUGGAAGUGCAACAGAUACAGAGAAACCCAAACACGGUUCCAGUCAAAGGCAGUGGAAAUCUGAUGUUAGCUGGAAGUCCUACAGUUUCUCCAAUUUGCAUUUAGACGACAGCGAAGAUUUGUCCGAACUUUCUCUCUCCUCCAUGAGUUCUCCAAAGCGUACUGUGACGGGUGGCGUGAAAAUGUACAUCAAUAGCAACGUCAUCAAGCUUCCAUCUCCGACACAAAACAGCCACCCCAACACAGCCACAGUAGCUCCUUUCAUGUACAAAGGUGAAACGAAUAGAGAAGGUAUUAACGUGGAACUAAAGGAGCCUGCCGCCUAUCCCAACACAGCGGAAUACAACUGGAAACACAAAAAAUCUCUUGAGGACAUUGACCCAGAGACCCAGAGAAAAAGGACUGUUCAGAAUAUUGUAGACCUUCGUCAGAACUUGGAGGACACCAUGACAAGUUUGAGGGGAUCACAGAUAUCCCAUAGUGCUUUGGACGCCGCCUUUGACAGUGACCUGACUGCGGAAGUCAAUGCCAGAAGCCGCGGCACAAGUUCAUCCAACCGAUCCUCACCGUUGUCCUGGCGCUACGGCCAAGCCAGCCCCCGCCUCCAGGCAGGCGACGCACCUUCUGUGGGCAGUGGGUGUCAGCCGGGAGGGAACUCAGGCUGGUUUGUCCGUGGUGACUCCUCUCAUUACUCCCACACCAUGCCUAUGCGGAGUUCCAGUAAAUCGUGUAACAUCUCUCGCUUGGACCUGGAUACUCUGGAUACGGAUGAUGUGGACCUGAAGUCUAUCAGUGGCGACAUGUCUGGCUAUAUGAGUGAUAGUGACUUGUUGGGGAAGACCAUGAACGAUGAUGACAUUACAACCGGUUGGGAUGAAAGCAGCUCCGUGAGCAGUGGCCUCAGUGACACCUCUGACAAUCUUAGUUCUGAAGAUUUAAAUGCCAGUUCAUCUCUCAACUCCUAUCCAACCACUCCCGUGGCAUCCAGACGAAAUUCCGGUGUUGCGCUGCGGACUGACGCGGAGAAGCGGUCUAUGGUUGAGAGCGGCCUGACUUGGUGCGGCAGCUCUGAAGGCAAAGGGCAGAAGAAGUCGGAGAGCGGCUACGAUGCCAGCAACCUCAAGAUGGAUCAAAACACAAAGUGGAGACGGAUUCGGAGCGAGUCAGCUGACGAGACCACGAAAGGAGAACUCAAGAAACUGCAGCCCUCCGUGCAAACGAGUUCACUAAAGAAGAUUGCGGCACCUGUGGGGGUGACUUCCCCAAUGACGUGUUCAGGAGCAGGCUCUCUGAAACCAGCUGGUAAAAUUGAUUCUAAAGCCCAAGACAAAGGAAAAAUGGCUCUCAAAGGAACGACCUUGCAAAGAUCUUCAUCUGAUGCCAGUCGGGACAGAGUUGGAGAGGCACGAAAACCUCCGUCAGGUAUUUCCAGGCCUUCCACUGGAAGUUCUUUCGGCUACAAGAAACCCACGACGGGCACUGCGACCGUCAUGACGGCUGGCGGGAGCUCUGCGGGGAAAGCUCCGAAAUCCACGGGCAUCCCUGUUAAACCGACAAACUCCAGGAAAACCAGCCUGGAUGUGUCCCAAAACAACGAUGGCUUCAUGUCGUCAAGUGCAAGGACAGCCGUGCAGUACCGCAGCCUGCCCCGUCCGGCCAAGUCCAGUUCUGUCAGCGUCACUGGCAGGGCGGGUAUGAACAGGCCGGUCAGCAGCAAUAUUGACCCGAGCCUCAUCAGCAGCAAGCACGGGGGGAUCCCAGUGUCCCGCCUGAAGGAACCCUCGAAAAUUGGUUUGGGGAGAACAAGCUCCGGGCCAGUGAAUCAAACGGACCGAGAGAAAGAGAAAGCCAAGGCAAAGGCUGUGGCUUCGGAUACUGAAUGUACAAGUGCAGCAGGUUCUGCAAAGAUGGCUGCAGCCUCUGACAGUCAAAGUAAAUUGCAAGGAAUGCGACAGCAAAGCUGCAAGUUCUCAGAGAUGUCAUCUCCAACUACACACAGGGUGAUAAGCUCAAAAGGAAUCAGCAAGCCACCUACAAUGGCCAACAUUGACAAAAUCAACUCCAACAGCCUAGAUUCAUCCACCUCAGGACAUCCUUUGAUCAGCAACAGUAUUGCCAAUGAAACAUUAACCAAACUCCCCGAUGUCCAGACAAGUACAAUCAGCUUAACUCCAUGUCUAACUCCAAGCCCUGCCCCUGUCCUUAACGUGAAUUCCAGUAGCUUUAGCCAAGGGCUUGGACUAGGUAGCAAUUUCAUAAACAACAAGGAAACCCUUAUGUACCCUAAGCUAAGUAGCCUGCACACCAGCAUGGAAUCUUUGGAUCUCCCGUUGAGUGUUCCAUGUUCAUUCCCACCUAACCGUACACUUUCAAGGGAAGAAGACCACAGCACUCUUACGUGGACUGGAAGUUCUAGAUUCUCACAGAUGGAGAGUGCAAAACGUGACAGAAAUACUCUGCCGAAAAAGGGACUAAGAUACGGAACAAGUUUACAGCCUGAAGACACCAAGGAAUGGCUCCACACACGUCCUAUCGGUGGAUCCAUGGACUCCGAUACCCAAUUAAUUUCUUCUCCCUCUGCUGUCCCAUUGUCAAAUUUAGCAGCAAGCCCCACAGUGGUAUCACAGCUCAACAGCCCCACCCCGAAGAUAAUGCGUUCCAACAGCAUUCCCACCCAUGAAUCCGCCUUCGAUUUGUAUGGAAGUUUACAGAUGGGAAGCACAAUUUCUUUGGCGGAAAGACCAAAGGGGAUGAUUCGCUCAGGUUCAUUUAGGGAUCCUGUGGAUGACGUUCAUGGCUCAGUGCUUUCCCUUGCCUCCACCACAUCAUCCGUUCAUUCUAUGAGUGAAGACAAGGUCCAAGGAGAGCAUAUCCGAAAACUACGUAGAGAGCUUGAAUCUUCACACGACAAGGUUUCUACACUUACAUCACAACUGUCUACAAAUUCUCAUCUUGUGGCAGCAUUUGAGCAAAGUUUGACUAACAUGACAUCUCGUCUACAGAAUCUUGCUGCGACUGCAGAACAAAAGGACUCAGAGUUAUUUGAUCUUAAAGAAACUAUUGAUAUGUUGCACAAAAAGAAUUCUGAAGCACAAGCUGCUAUACAUGGAGCCUUGAACCACCCAGACUUAACACCCAAAGAAUUGCGUAUAAAACGGCAGAAUUCAUCAGACAGUAUUUCCAGCCUCAAUAGCAUUACAAGCCACUCCAGCAUUGGGAGUGGUAAAGAUGCUGAUGCCAAAAAGAAGAAAAAGAAAAGCUGGGUUUAUGAGCUGAGAAGUUCAUUUAAGCAAGCCUUUACCCUCAAAAAGGCGCCCAAAUCAGCGUCCUCAUACUCUGACAUUGAAGAGAUAGCAACGCCAGACUCUUCUGUUCCAUCCUCGCCCAAAGUACAGCAUGAAGACGCAGAGUUAUCACCUCUCUCCAUGACGCCAUCAUUUUCAACCACUAAGGCCUUUGACUCCGGUGAGACUGGCCUGAAGGAUGUAUCAGUACUACGGGGUGAGCUGUGGGAGAAGGAAAGGAAACUGACGGAUAUUCGCCUGGAGGCUCUAAGUUCAGCUCACCAGCUCGAGCAACUGCGAGAGGCUAUGCACAAUAUGCAGGUGGAAAUUGAAGCACUGAAAAUGGAAAACGACCGUCUUAAAUCUGAUACAGGUACAGGAACUUCACAAACUGUGCCAAUUACUUCUGCCACUUCCUCUCCUCGGCCAUCACUAGGGCUCACAUUAGCUCAUUCGUUCAGUCUCAGUCUUACAGACUCUGUUGACCAAGAUACAUCCCCAAUGGAUGGGGUGACCUGUUCCUCCUCAAAGGAAGAAAGAAAUGUUCGAAUUGUGGUCCUACUGACUGAAGAGCAGAUUUGCAAUGAGACUACAAAGCAGCAAGAAUUUUUCCUUGGUUUUGCCAAAGUAAAUGGAGCAACUGACUGGACUACUUUAGAUGGAGUUAUCUGCCAGUCUUUUAAGGACUACAUUACAAAAGUGGACCCAGUGUCUUGUCUUGGCUUGAGUACAGAUGCCAUCUACAGCUAUAGUGUUGAUCAUGCGAAGCGAGUGUUUGGAACUGAACCACCAGACCUGCUGCCCCACAGAUAUAUGGGAAAAGAAGUCACCAGCUUCUCCGUCACUUUGAAAGGAUUACAAGAGAAAAGUAUAGACAGCUUGGUCUUUGAAACACUGAUUCCCAAGCCAAUGAUGCAGCAUUACCUCAGUCUACUGCUCAAGCACCGAAGGCUUAUCUUGUCUGGCCCCAGUGGGACUGGCAAGUCCUACCUGUCCAUUCGUUUGGCUGAAUACUUGGUUCAGCGGUCAGGACGAGAGGUCACGGAUGAAAUCAUUGUCACGUUUAGCAUGGACACACAUUCUUGCAAGGAUUUACAGCUGUAUCUUUCCAACCUCGCCAAUCAAAUUGACAGAGAGACGAGCACAGGCAAUGUGCCGCUGGUCAUAAUUCUUGAUGAUCUCAAUGAGCCUGGUUCUCUCAGUGAACUUGUCAAUGGUGCCCUUACAUGCAAGUAUCAUAAAUGCCCAUACGUAAUUGGAACCACCAACCAGCCGAUCAAGACAACACCAAAUCAUGGCCUUCAUCUAAGUUUCAGGUUGGUCCCAUUUUCGAACAACGCGGAACCCGCCAACGGAUUCCUUAGUCGCUACUUACAGCGAAAGUUGAUUGAGUCAGAGAACGUCGCAAAUGCGAACAAUAACGAAAUCCUCAACAUUCUCAACUGGGUGCCCAAGUUAUGGUAUCAUCUACACACGUUUCUGGAAAUGCACAGUACAUCUGACUUCCUCAUAGGUCCUUGCUUUUUCCUAUCUUCUCCUGUCAACAUGGCUGAAUUUAGAGAAUGGUUCAUUGACCUGUGGAAUUAUUCCAUUCUCCCUUAUCUUCAGGAAGGCGUUAAUGAUGGUGUUAAGACCUAUGGAAGAAAAGCUGUGUGGGAAGACCCUGCCAAAUGGGUACAGGAUACUCUACCUUGGUCAACUGCCCCACAAGACCGCUCCAAGAUCUUCCAUUUGCCUCCUCCAAGCAUAGGAUCCCAUGUUACUGGACCUCCUGCAGAUGAAAGAAAGAUCAAAGAGACGGCACCAACGUCAAUUGAAUCUGACCCACUUAUGAGUAUGCUACUGAGGCUCCAGGAGGCAGCCAAUUACACCCAAAGUUGUGAAGGAGACAAUGUUUUGGAAUUAUCUUUGCAAUCAACACAUUGAAAGAAAAGAAAGCAAGGAAUAUGGGAGCCAUCUUGUUUUUAAAUGUGUCAUAACUACAUUAUGAAUAUUGUAGUCCUGAGGCAGAUGUAUAUUCUGUGAUAGACGUAGUUAGAUAGGGGGCUAAAUUAAUUCAUGGGUAAAAUUGUAGGUUUAAGGCCCAAAAUCAUAUGUAAGUUAACUGUGAUCAUUUAUUGUAAAUCAUAUCACCUAGCCAUCUGGAAGGAAUAAUACAAUCUGACUGUAUGGACUUUUAAUGCUGUGUUUGUACCUUAUAAUUCAAUCUUCAAAAGUGCAUGGCAAUCAUUUAAGCAGAAACAACUAAUAUUUUAGUGAGCUUUAUUAAGGUUAACUCCGAAAGUACAACUCAAACAAUUACAGGGAACUGUCGCUGUUCCACUACUGCUAUCAUCUCAGAUGUCACACCGGUGCUUAUUGGAGAAACUCUCCACCAAACUUUGCAGUUGAUAGUGCUCAAAACCUCAUUCAUUCACACAGUUUGUGUGCACAAAAGCACAGCUAAAAAAAUGUGAAUCAUAGUGAAACCACUAAAACAGGAAUUUAUUAUUUCCCAAGUGAUAAAAUGGUGCACACAGGAAAUGAAAUGUCUUUGUAUCCUGAAUUUCAAACUGAUAUGUCUUUUUUUAAAUUUUGGUUUCAUUCACCGUUGAUGUGUAUUAUAGGAACCCUUUAAGUACCUGUUUCCCUAUGCACAUAUGAGAAGGCUUUUUAAACAAAGGCAGUUGAGGGAGGGGUGAGUGUACAUUAUGGAAACAAAAUUGUUAACCUCAGGAACAAAUUAUUUUUCCUCCUUCAACAUCGCAGCUUAAGUUAAUUAGUUUCAUUAGAUCCCCUGCACUAAACCUAUUAACAGGGGGCCAAACUGACUUUUCCCAGAGAUAACCUAAAACCUACUUGUACCUAGUUACUUGAAGAUGUACAGCAAACAAAUGUUUAAUCCCUUCUAAGUAUUAUCUGUUUUUGGGGCAUAUUACUUGUGUCCCAAUGGCUAGUCCAUAUGCAUAUGUCAUCCUAAAGAGUACCUAUAAUGGUAAGAGCAGGUUUUUUUUAAAUUUUAGCUACAGCACAGUAUGUGUUCCUUGUGUUUAUAAUGCUGCAAAUAUCCAACUUUUGAAAAUAGAUGCAGGAAUGUCAUAUUUAAAAUUUCUUCUGAACUUCUUCAACGUUAUUAUGAAGAACACCCGCAGCAUGAGUUAUUACUUGGAGCUUUUGCAAUAAAAUUGUGUGGGAAGAGAUUCACCCUCUGCUGUACGAGGUCAAUGUUUGAAGCAGUGCCAUGUCCAUUAGCCUCUACUUAACAAAUUUUAUUGAAGUCAAUGGAGCCAAAUUUCAAUAUUACAUUAGAACGUAGAGUGCUGGAGUAACUCAGUGGGUCAGGCAACAUCUAUGGAGAACGAGGGUAGGCGACGUGCAAACUGAAGAGUUCAGACUGCGUCUGAAGAAGGAUCUCUACCUGAAACAUCGCCUAUCCAUGUCCUCCAGAGAUCCUGCCUGACCCGUGUAGUUACUCCAGCACUUUGUCUUCGACAAGAUUCCAGCAUCUGCAGUUCUCUGUGUCUUCACUAUUACAUUGUACGUUUAAGGCAAACAGUAGAAAGUGAAUUUCUGGCCUGUACACUUUCCUUAUGGUGUAAACGGCAGCAUUGUAAGGAUUUUAAUGUGUUUCUGAACUAGCUUUUUCACAAUAUUCUGUGAUUUUUCUGGUUAUUGAUUAAAUCAAAUCAUCAACUUA